GGUGCAUAUGAAGAUCUUAUUACAUUCUGCGUCGAUAAUAAUAUGUAAGAUAGCAGAUAUUCGGAAUUUGAUUCGGAAUGGCAGAAAGUAAUGCAUGGCAGCUAUAUGUAGCUGUGUAUGUGUGUUACCCUUUGGCAUUUAUUGGGCUGUCAUUAAGAGUUUAUGUCAGGUACUUCAUGCAGAGAGUUAUGGGAUGGGAUGAUUGGUUGAUGAUACUCAGUUUGGCCCUCUAUACCAUGUACACGAGUUUCGUUUUAGUAGGACUACACUAUGGUACCGGACGACAUCAAGAAGAUCUGGAGGAAAGUGAUUACAUAUGGGCAAUUCGAUACUGGUAUUUGUGUGAAUGGGCCUAUGUAUUGACGAUGGCUAUAAUAAAAACUGCCAUCGCCUUUUUCUACCUACGAAUUAUGGUUAUCCCCUGGCAUCGAAUCGCUGUCAAAGUCAUCAUGUGGAUUGUGAUACUCUUCAGCUUUGCCUAUUUCUGGUGCAUUGUUAUACAGUGCUGGCCUAUACCUCUUAUUUGGGAACGAUACGCUACGACUCUCGUCAGAAGUACUGGAAGAUGCUUGCCCAGAAAAGUCAUUUUGGGUGGAACGUAUCUGCAUAGUAUUAUGAGUGCGGGAAGUGAUUGGGCAUUGGCCUUACUGCCAAUUUUUAUGAUGUGGAAUGUGCAGAUGCCGACAGGUACAAGAAUUAUUGUCUGGGGAAUCGUGGCAUGUGGUGCUAUUGCUAGCACAGCAACCAUCAUUCGUAUUCCCACCGUCACAAGUCUAUUGAUUACUGAAGAUUUCCUCUUCAAAAGCACCCCCCUAGCCGUCUGGUCGACCGUUGAACCUGGAAUAGCGAUAUUCGCCGCAUCUCUCGCUACCCUCCGACCACUACUUCGGAGAAUUUUCCCUAAUCAUUUCAGAAAUGCAGCAGUUUCAUCACUACCAUCAUUGCGAAUCCCCACAAAUGUGGCAAGGAAAGGUCCACCGUCAGAUGAUGUCGAGAUGGGAAUUAACACGAAAUGCUUCAGCGAGCCAAGACCUCAACAGACUACAGGAGAAAGCUUGGAGACUAUAAAAAUUCAUUUGGAUGAACGGAUUGAGUUCGAUAGAAGUCCAAUCGAAUCAAUGUCAAUUCACAAGGAAACUUCGAGUCUUAAUUCGAGGUUGGGGGGGAGUGAUAACGAAACGCAGGAAUUGCCGCAUACCCCUCUAGGAACAUAUCCACGUCUCGCACCAUUAGUUUUCUCUCCAGCAUGUCUCUCGCCCACAAUUCCUUCGCCAUCGACGCUUUCGCCUUCACAUGUCGCGUCAUGUAUGAGGGACAGUCAGUACUAUAGGAAUUCGAAGGUAGUCAUACCGUCUUCGCCUAUUUGAAGCUGGUUCAAAACCUUUGCACAAUUCAAAAGAAUAGAAAUGAGUAUUAUUGGAUUCUUGUACUCAAUAAUAAAUCAAGCAAUUCCAUCUAGGAUCGAUAUCUGGGUAUCGGAAAUGGGAUGAAACAGCAGAAGAGUUCCAAAUCAAUCUCAAGACACUCCGCUGAGAUUCCAAACGGUGGCUUGUGAUACCUCUAGUCCCCAGAGACACAAAAAAAUGUGUUCAAACUAAGAAUCAAAGGUAGGACUACAAGGAGAGCAUAGAAAGGCGGAAUUCUAUUUUCCACACAAUGCAGAUGGAUCAAUUGGAGGCCGUUUCUACGACACCAACCACUAUCUGCAUAUUCCACGAUCACAUUCCGAUUUGUUUUUCGCCAAGUUCUAGAAAAUGACGUGGAUUUUUUCACAUAAAUGCGGUUUGAAGAUAACAGGAUAAGUUGGACAGAUCAAUGUUAUAGAAUUGUCAUGGGCUUUGCGAAUUAGACAAGCCCCCAUCAAUCAUACUCUUUCUCUCUUCAACCUAUUUUGUUUACAAUAUCUUCUAAACGGUGUAAGCAAACGUGCUGGGAAUAGAAGAACGAUAUAAAUUAGAUAUGGUGUUAGGAAUUGGUCAGGGAUUCGCUGCUUGAGGAUCAGUCCUCGGGAAUGGGGUUAAAAUGGUAAGAGUCGAGGCCUCAACUCAUUUAAUAAUUGAUGACUACAUCUUUAUCAACAUACCAAAUUUAUUAACAUAAAACAAUUGAUCAAAUUUCUUCCA